AUGACGGGCCCGCCAUCUCUUAAGACUAAUUUCCAGUACGCCCGCCAUCCAUUGGCAGCGACAAUAAUAUCCGCCAUCCGUUUAUUUAGGCCGCCAUCCAAAAUCACAAGUCAUGCCAUCGUCUUGAACUACCAGACUGAUCCACCCGCUCCAGAUCUAAAAGAUGCAGAUCCUCCAUGUACCGCCGGUGCCGAUGUUUGUGGUCCCCAAGGAAAGAGUAUCUGUAGUAAAACGUCCACUACCGACAGUACGUUGGUGUGCACCUGCAGUCCUGGGUGGGGCGCCGAGUCUAGGACUGAUCCAAAGUGCACUGCUGGUCGAUACAAGGUUGCUUGUUUUGGUGACAAGAUGAUCAUAAACAUUAACCCGUACGGAACGUUUAGUGGACGAAUCUACUUGUGGAACAAACCGGCUUGUACCAUCGCAGAUAGCAUAGACACCAGCAAUUCAGAACAUGACGAGUUCAUUGGAGGCAAAGUGAGAGAAAUUCAAUACACAGGUGAUACCACCUGUGGUGACGUCACGUCAACCAACCAGAAUGACAUCAAAGAUUUCAAGGUUGAUGUUUUUGUUGGAUAUAGCCCGAUAUACACGAACUGGCGUGAUGAGAUUGUGACAGUGACGUGUAAACUUGAUCAAGCUAACAACGUCAUCACUUCUAACAUUGAGUCAAAUAAUAUCGACACGACACAGCUCAAAAGUACCGAUGCUAAAAACGAUAUUAGUGUAGUCACAAUCGAGGUCAAGGUCGAUGGCAAUGUGUUAACUUCUGGUCAGAAGGUCAACAUGGGCCAGAUGCUUUCCUUUACCCUGACUGCAAUAUCAGGCAUAGGCGCCAUCCUGCUGUACGAUGUGAAGAUAGACAACGGAAAAGAGAGCACAGAUGGACAAUACCAGUUCAUGCAAGAGUUCAUCACAGAUAUCCGAUACUGGGAACACUUGCCGAGUGAUUUUGGCGGACGUAAUAAAGUGAGGUUUGAAUUCAAAACGUUUGUGUUCACCGAGACUGCCAUACUGAAAGUGACCUUCACCGUUCGAGCGUGUGAUUCCGUUUCUGAAUCUCUGUGUUCUCCCAUUGACUGUAAUGGAGAGACGUCAUCGGGAAGAAGGAAGCGGCUUGCUAAUGACGUCACCAACCAGACGCACGUGCUUGACAGAAUUUUCGUCAUAGACUACCCAGAGGACACAGAAACAGCAGAAGUGACGAAGACUGACGCCCGAGACAAAGAACAGGAGUGUGAGACCAGUCCAUUGAUGAUCGGCACUGUCGCGGCUCUAGCUGGAGUUGUCGUCCUUCUCCUAGUUCUUCUGCUUGUUUUCAUCAAGCGUUCGUUCCGUCGAGAACAGAAGAAGUAG